CAAUUUCCUCCAAGUUUAUAUUUCACAGCGUCGACUCCAGUAAUUUUUUUCCCUUGUUUCUGUUUCCUUCUUCGUUUUGAAUCUUACUAUUGGUUUCACUUUCUACUGAACAAUUUGCACUGUCCUUUCACGGAGACUCAUGGCAGGGUUGGGAAACAUCUGAAUCUAUUUCUAGAAUUGCGACUCAUUUUAUUUAGGCAGACCUUGCUUGGGACAGAUAUUUUUUUGGUUGGUGAGCUGUUUGUGUGUAGUUACUCAUAUGAUAUGGGGAGAAAGGCUGACAUUUGGGCAGCAGAGCCUUAGCGAUCUUUAGGGAAGAGACUGUGUAUUUGCCCUAGCUUGUGCCUUGAUUUUUUUUUUUUUAGCUUGCCAAGCUCUCUUCUCCAGCAAAAAGUAAGGGAUAACUAAAGAAUUCUUUGGAUAUGUCAGGAAAUGGAAACGCUCAGUCAUCUUAUAGGAAUGAGGCAAGGCUGCAAGCCAGUUUGUCAAGUACUGUAUCACUACUAGAGGGAUCAACUUACAGUUUGACAGACACAGAUUUUUCUUUAAUUGAAGACGUGAUUGAAGACAUGAUUUUUAAGGUGCCAGGAAGUCUUAGAAUACAUCCGUCCCUGUGGAGCAAAGACGAUGUUAUUGAGUGGCUUAGAUGGGCAGAGAAGGAAUGCUCACUGAGGAGAACUGAUGAUAAGAAAUUUGUAAUGAAUGGCAAAGCCUUAUGCAUUCUUACUAAGGAGGACUUCAAGAAGCGUUCUCCUAGCUCAGGUGAUGUUCUAUAUGAAUUACUAAAACACAUUAAGACUCAUAGAAAAGCACUAGUGAACCAUCCGUUCAUUAGCAAAUCACUUAUAAAUAUGGAUUAUCUACAACUACAUAAAGGUCCCAAAAGAGGUGUUACUGCUCCAAGCCCAGGGCAUGUGUGGGGAAAUCCAUCGGAGGGGGUGUUGCCAUCACCCAGCACUAAAGACACAGAUAGAAGGAAUACAGAUAUAUUGAAGAAAAAGACACAAACUAAGAGUCACACUGCAGACAUUAUAAGAUGCCACAGUAAAUCCCAAGACUUUCCUGUGACUGACGCUCAGCAGGGACCACUAAACCUUUCUCAUAGAUUGCACAGACUUCCUGAAUCAGAGAACAGAAAUGAAUACUCUGCAGCACAUGUGGAGAAACCCAGAACAGGUAUUUGAAGAUUUCAUACCCUGUACAGCUCGGAUGGAUCAGUGAGCAGGGCAUGGUGAGGCAGAAGUCUUUUCUAAUGAACCGCUCGAAACACGUGCAAGUCCAUUUCUAGAAAAUCCAUGGCCUUUGUGUUCUAACAAAAUGUGCUUUUUCUAUGCAUGUGAUUUGGUCGGAAUGAUGGAUCCUACAACGCACUAGAUUUUUUUUUCCUGAUACUGGCACAUUGAAACUGCAGAGCUAAUGAAUAAGAAGUAUGGAUUUCGUGGCCACGGGGAGCCUUUUUUACUGGAGAGCAUUCGUAAGAUCUCUUUCCACACUCAUGAACAAUCAAGGACUGAAAAUAUUCCAUUAGGAAUUUGAAAGUUAUUUAGCUUUUUAUUAAGCAGCUCUCCAGUUUGCAAUUUCAGCAAUUUGGGGUCCAAAUUACCCCAGC